CCUCUUUCUAAUUUUCCACUAUAAAUAGUUAAGUAUUCCUGCUAUUUUUAGUCAUAGCUCAAUUAGUCUUUUCUUUGCCAUGGCUUGUACAAAAACACAUUUAGUUACCAUGACGACUCUGCUGGUGAUACUUAUGUUGGCUAUCUCAGAUUUCACAGAUGCACAAACAGGAGUUUGUUAUGGAAGAAAUGGAAAUGGAUUACCAUCUUCGGCAGAAGUUGUAGCUUUAUACAACCGGAAUAAUAUAGGAAGAAUGAGAAUCUACGAUCCCCAUCAACCCACUCUCCAAGCUCUCAGAGGCUCCAAUAUUGAACUUAUGUUAGGUGUUCCAAACCCCGACCUUCAGAAUAUCGCUUCUAGUCAAGCCAAUGCAAAUACCUGGGUCCAAAACAAUGUCAGGAACUAUGGUAAUGUCAAAUUCCGGUAUAUAGCAGUUGGAAAUGAAAAGAACUCCCAGUAUGUACCUUUUGUGCUCAACGCCAUGAGAAACAUUCAAAAUGCAAUUUCUGGUGCUGGUCUCGGAAACCAGAUUAAGGUUUCCACUGCUGUUUAAACCGGACUUACCACGGACACUUUCCCUCCAUCAAGGGGCAAAUUUAGAGAUGAUGUCCGGCGAUUUAUUGAUCCCAUUAUCAGCUUCCUAGUAGCCAACCGCUCGCCUUUGCUUGUCAACAUUUAUCCUUAUUUUGCAAUAGCAAACAACCAAGACAUUAAGCUUGACUACGCGUUGUUUACAUCCCCUACAGUGGUUGUCAAUGAUAAUGGAAGAGAAUAUCGAAAACUCUUUGAUGCCCUCUUGGAUGCCACAUACUCGGCCCUUGAAAAGGCCGGUGGUUCAUCUUUGGAAAUCGUUGUAUCAGAGAGCGGUUGGCCUUCAGCUGGAGCAGGGCAAUUGACCUCCAUUAACAACGCCAGAACUUACAACAACAACUUGAUACGACAUGUGAAAGGAGGGAGUCCUAAAAAGCCCUCCAGACCAAUAGAGACUUACAUUUUCGCUUUGUUUGACGAAGAUCAAAAGACCCCUGAAUUUGAAAAACAUUUCGGACUAUUUACACCAAACAGGCAGCCAAAAUACCCGGUCAGUUUCAACUAGCUGGCGACUUAUCUUCUACCUUUAUAAUACAUAUGUUGUCGAAUAAUGGUUGCCAACUUGAAUCGAAAGCUACCCUUUACGCGAUGUACUCGCUCUACAUGCUUAUAGAAUUGCUAAAAAGCUACUAGUUUGAACC